AUGUUGCAAAGCAAAGUUUUCAAUAAGAAAACCAGAGGAGGAAGAAUCCAAAAGCAAGUAAGAGAGGUUUAUCUACGAGAUGACAUAUACUGUGGAGCUUUUGCCUGCAAGUCUUGUGAUACUUCAGCUGCUCGUUUGUCUUCCCCUAAGAUUAUUGUCCUAGACACCAACGUUGUUCUUCACCAAAUUGAUUUGUUGGAGAAUCAGGCUAUAGACAAUGUUGUUGUUCUGUCUGUGGUGUUAGAUGAGGUUAAGAACAGGAACAGAUCUGUUUACAAUAGAAUCAGAGCUCUCUGCAGCAAUCCAGCGAAGCAAUUCUAUGUUUUUUCCAAUCAUGUCCACAAGGAUACUUAUGUGCAGGCCAUGGAGAGAGAGAGCGCCAACGACCACAACGAUAGAGCUAUUCGUGUUGCGACGCUAUGGUACCAGAAGCAUCUAGGUGGUACAUCUCAGGUGUUGCUUGUAACUAAUGACAGGGAAAAUAAACGGAAGGCCACUGAAGAGGGAAUAUCUGCAGAGACAAUUGAGGCUUAUGUGAAAUCAAUUGGACAACCUGACUUGUUGGAUCUUCUUGCCCAACCAACCGCUGAAGACAUAACCAUGGAAGAUGCAGAUGAUUCCAGACCUUCAAAGAGGAAACUUGUAUACCUAGAGCAUAAGCCCAUGUCUGAGAUUACUGCUGGCUUACACCGUGGAAUAUAUCAUCAAGGAAAACUCCGUGUCAAUCGUUUCAAUCCUUUUGAAGCUUAUGUUGGAAGUGAGAGCAUUGGUGAAGAAAUAAUUAUCUAUGGGCGCAGCAACAUGAACAGGGCUUUCGAUGGUGAUAUUGUUGCGAUAGAACUCUUGCCUCGCGAUCAAUGGCAAGAGGAGAAGGCACUUUCUAUAGCAGAAGAAGAUGAAGAUGAAGACGAUACUGUUCAUUUGGCUCCCAACAGUGCUGAUGACGCUCCUAGAAUCUCAAGUUUAGCCCAAGAAACUUCUGGGGAUAAAAAUGCUGUCCCUGCUCGUCCAUCAGGCCGUGUAGUCGGUGUUAUCCGUAGAAAUUGGCACUCCUAUUGUGGAUCUCUUGAACCAAUGUCACUACCUGCUGGUAGUGGUGGAACGGCACAUGCUUUAUUUGUCUCUAAAGAUCGCAGAAUUCCCAAGAUUCGCAUUAAUACUCGACAGCUGCAGAACCUUUUGAAUAUGAGGAUAGUAGUGGCAGUUGAUUCUUGGGACCGUCAAUCUCGAUAUCCUUCUGGCCAUUAUGUACGACCAAUCGGCAAAAUAGGUGACAGGGAAACAGAAACAGAGGUUGUCUUGAUAGAGAAUGAUGUUGACUACUCGCCAUUCUCUUCUCAAGUUCUGGCAUGCUUGCCACCCUUACCCUGGUCUGUAUCUUCUGAAGACGUAUCCAAUCCUGUUAGGCAAGACUUACGACAUUUGCUUGUCUUUAGUGUGGAUCCUCCAGGUUGCAAAGAUAUUGAUGAUGCAUUGCACUGUACAUCGCUUCCAAACGGGAACUUUGAAGUUGGAGUCCACAUUGCUGAUGUAACAAAUUUUGUUCACCCUGGUACACCUUUGGAUGAUGAGGCAUCAAAAAGAGGCACAUCUGUCUACCUUGUUGACCGCCGUAUUGACAUGCUUCCCAAGCCUUUAACUGAAGAUAUUUGCUCGCUUAGAGCUGAUGUGGAAAGGCUUGCAUUCUCGGUUAUUUGGGAAAUGAGCCCUGAAGCUGAGAUUAUCUCAACGAGAUUUACAAAGAGUAUAAUCAAGUCGUCUGCAGCAUUGUCCUAUGUUGAAGCUCAGGCUCGGAUGGAUGACAGCCGAUUGACGGACACUGUGACUACUGAUCUGAGGAACAUGAAUACUUUGGCAAAGAUAAUGAGGCAAAGGCGUAUUGAUAGGGGAGCCUUAACUCUUGCUUCUGCUGAAGUCAAAUUUCAGAUUGAUACCGAGACUCAUGAUCCUCUUGAUAUUGGCAUGUAUCAGAUUCGGGAAGCAAACCAAAUGGUUGAGGAAUUCAUGCUUGCUGCAAAUGUUUCAGUCGCUGAACAAAUCCUUAAUCAAUUCUCUUCUUGUUCACUGUUAAGGCGUCAUCCUACUCCAACAAGAGAAAUGCUUGAACCACUGUUGCGUACUGCUGCAGCUAUUGGGCUUACCUUAGAUGUCUCUUCAUCUAAAGCUUUGGCUGAUUCACUUGACCGAGCUGUGGGUGAGGAUCCAUAUUUCAAUAAGCUGAUCAGGAUAUUGGCAACUAGGUGCAUGACACAGGCUGUGUACUUCUGUAGUGGGGAUCUCACUCCUCCAGAAUAUCAUCAUUAUGGGCUUGCGGCACCCCUAUAUACUCACUUUACAUCCCCUAUCCGAAGAUAUGCCGAUGUCUUUGUGCACAGGUUACUUGCCGCGUCAUUAGGAAUAUACAAGCUUCCAACAGUGUUCCAAGACAGACCUCAACUUACUAGUGUUGCAGAUAAUUUGAACUAUCGGCAUAGGAAUGCCCAAAUGGCAAGUCGAGCUUCAGUAGAGCUGCACACUCUCAUCUACUUCAGAAAUCGACCCACAGAUGCAGAGGCGAGAGUGGUGAAGAUAAGAUCCAAUGGUUUUAUAGUAUUCGUCCCCAAGUAUGGAAUCGAAGGCCCUGUUUAUUUAACAGCAAAGGGUGAGAAAGGUGCUGGUGACUGGUACGUAGAUGAGGAGAAACAGAAGAUUGUGAAGAUGGAUGGAAGUUUAUCUUACAGUGUCUUGCAAACAGUGAAGAUUCACAUGGAGGUAGUGGAGCCUCAGCCUAACCGACCGAAACUCCAACUAACUCUCUUGUAA